AUGUUAAAACAUCUAUUCAUCUUAAGUGUGGUCAUAGCCUAUUGUUAUGGUUUCGGACAAUUUCAUAUGAAAAAAUAUACUCCGCCUGUGGAUUCGGAUGAAGAAGCCACCAAUAGUGUGCUAAGAACCUAUCGCCGCUGCCUGUGGGAACAAUCGAAAUCAUUGCCACGCCGCCUGGUGCUGUUGAGUUUGUGCCAAAAUUUAUUUUGUGAAAAUAAUCAUGUUGUAGCCAGAUCCAGCUGCCUGGAUAUUUUACCCGACCAAUGUGAACAGGGCGAUGAGGAGGAGUUAAUGUAUAAACCCUUCCCGGAUUGUUGCCCCGUCUACUGCAACCUGAAGCGCCGCAUGCAACGUUUGAAGACCAUGCACUUUCGUCAUCGCCUGCUAUUGGAUCUACAGCGCCAGCAGGCAGCAGGAGGAACCAACCUACUGCUAAAUGAAUAUGGCUUGGAUAGUAUAUAGAA